AUGGCGUCGGCACCCUCCCGCGUCCUCCCCUUCCUCUCGCCGCCGUACACCGCCGCCUCCGCCUCCCUGCGCGCCCCCUCCGGCCGUCUCCGCUGCGCGGCCACCGCCGGGCAGGCCGGCUUCUUCACCCGCCUCGGCCGCCUCAUCAAGGAGAAGGCCAAGAGCGACGUCGACAAGCUCUUCUCCGGCUUCUCCAAGACCCGCGAGACCCUCUCCGUCGUCGACGAGCUCCUCACCUACUGGAACCUCGCCGACACCGACCGCGUCCUCGACGACCUCGAGGAGGCGCUUCUGGUGUCGGACUUCGGGCCCAAGAUCUCGUUCCGGAUCGUCGACACCCUCCGCGACCAGAUCCGCGACGGCAAGCUCAAGUCCGGGACCGAGAUAAAGGCGUCGCUGAAAAGAUGCAUCCUCGAGCUGCUCACGACCAAGGGCAGCAAGACUGAGCUGCAGCUCGGCUUCAGGAAGCCGGCGGUUAUCAUGAUUGUGGGCGUGAACGGAGGCGGCAAAACGACAUCGCUAGGAAAACUUGCCUACAGAUUUAAGAAUGAAGGAGCCAAGGUAUUGAUGGCAGCAGGUGAUACCUUCCGAGCAGCAGCUCGUGACCAGCUAGAAAUUUGGGCUGAGAGGACUGGCUCAGAGAUUGUUAUCGACAACGAUAAGAAGGCACAGGCUCCAUCAGUAAAACGUGGGAAGCGUGAAGGAUUUGAUGUUGUGCUGUGUGAUACGUCAGGACGACUUCAUACAAAUUACGGUCUGAUGGAAGAGUUGGUUUCUUGCAAGAAAGUCAUAGCUAAAGCCCUGCCUGGUGCUCCUAAUGAGAUCUUGCUGGUUCUGGAUGGCACAACUGGAUUAAAUAUGCUACAGCAAGCGAAGGAGUUCAACGAUGUUGUUGGAAUCACAGGAUUCAUCCUGACAAAGUUAGACGGGACUGCUCGUGGUGGCUGCGUGGUGAGUGUCGUAGACGAACUUGGAAUUCCAGUCAAGUUUGUUGGUGUCGGCGAAGGGGUGGAAGAUCUCCAACCUUUUGAUGCAGAGGCAUUUGUUGAAGCCAUUUUCCCAUAA